GAGAGAGAGAGAGAGAGAGAGAGAGAGAGAGAGAGAGAGGGAGGGAGGAGAGGCAGAGAGGGGAAAGGGAGACUACGCACUCUGAGCUCAUUUCCACACAUGCACGGACGACACCAACACACGCAGCCACAGGGAGAGAGAGAGAGACAGCGCCUUGAUCUCUCCUGCAGCAAACAGCUGGUUGGCUGUUUUCCCAGCGCUGUCCUUCUGCAGGUCACCCUCCGCAGGCAGCUCGGCCAGGCGGCCGCCGGGGUCCGCAGGAAUGAGGAGCAGCAUGUGAUCAGAGAGCCCCGCCCCUUCGCCCCCCACCUGACGGCAGGAUGCUCCUGCUCCAGCGCGCCGUGGCGCUGUACCUCCCGUGGUGUCUCCUGCUCGCGUCCCCCCGCCGGGCCACGGCCGACGAGGAGGCUCACUGGGGAACGGCGUUGACCGAGCAGAAGCCCACCGAGAAGCCCAGCUCCUCCUGGUGGCCACUACCAAAAUUUUCCGUCCCGGGCCUUGCCUUGCUCCCGGACAUCCCCUCCUACCUCGACCCCCGCACCCUGAUCGGCGGGAGUUCGAAUGCCGGUGACGAUCCGGCUGCCACCAGCCAGCGGCCCCCGGCGUCGACCCCCACGGCCCCAGGCCCCGAGGGGCCCUCGGCGUCGACCCCCACGGCCCCGGGCCCCGAGGGGCCCUCGGCGUCCACGCAGCGCCGGAUCACGGGCGACGGCGGCGUCGUCUCGGCCUCCGACGCGCCUGGCGGCGGCGGCGGCGGCGGCUCGGCCGGGAGCACGCCGUUCUCCGCCGGUCCGGGGCGGACGGGCGCCCCCCCCCGCGGACCCCGCGAGCGCACGUGACCCCCGCCGCCCCGAAGACCCCCCGGCCACGUCCGAACCCCCCGGGCCCCCGGCGACGGCCUCGUCCGCCGUCGCCACGGAGACGGAUCUGAGCGCCGGCGUGACCCCCGACACCGUACAGGGGGGGGCGUGGCCGCAGGGUUCCCUGACCCCGCCUCCCACCCCGGGGACCACGCCGCUGACGACAUCAAAGACGCCGAGCGGGGGGUCGGCUGGGGCGGGGGGGGGAGGGCCCGUCAGUCCGUCCGGGGCGCCCCCCAGCGCUGCCACAGAGGAGAGGUCCACGGCGGGGUCUAGCCCCACCUCCGGGGGCCGGGAGGUUGCCUCCCCGGUGCCAGGAGAGACUCCCAGCAGCGAGGAUACGAACGAUGAGGAGGACGACGAGGAGUCCGUCGUAGCAGGGAACCGGACGAAGAGCACGAGCUCGGCGGCAGAGGUUUCCACGGCCGCGUUCCAACCGCCGCCGACGCCCGGGCGACUCACGACGGCCGGCACCAAACACCCCCCGCCCCCCACCGAGGCCUGGACGCCGCCCCCUGCCGACCCCGCCGCCUCACUCCUCCCCGACUGCAACGCCAGCGAGGACGGCUCCGGACUCUGCGACUUCUCCUACACCUGGGAGUCCAGGGCCUUGGCCGACGCCCCCCGGCCCGCCUCCAGCCCCGCCACGCCCACCACCCCCUCCUCCAACCAAUCCCACGAGCCCUUCGUCCCCCUGAACCCGGCCAUGCUGGUGCCGCUCUACACGGACUGGAACAGCGCCAUGGCGACCUGGGGCCCGGCCUGGCACGCCCACGUCUACAGCGCGGGGCUGUUCUUCGCCGCCGUCGCCCUGUCCUCGGCGCUCAACCUGCUCUGCCUGCCGCUGCGCUGUCCGUCCGGCUGCGGCUACUUCGCGCUGGUCAGCGUGUUCCUGCUGGCGGCGGGCGCCACGCGCUCCUUCUCGCUGCUGUACGACGCCUACGGCCACCACGGCAGCCUGCCCUCGGCCGAGGCCGCAGUGCUCCUCCAGGAGGCGCUGUUCCCCUGCCUGACCGCCGCCUUCGGCCUGGUCUUCCUGCUGCUGUCCAUGCGCUCGCGCAUGCAGCUCUCCUACUCGGCGUUCCAGCGGCCCUUCUUCCUGGCGUGCCUGGUGGCGCUGCACUUCGCGGCGGCCUUCGGCCCCGCCACGCUGCUCCACCUGUACCGCGGCAGCCCGUCCGUCCGCCUCUUCCUCUGCCUGCUCUCGCGCGGCGCCUUCGUGGCGCUGGCCGCCUUCCUGUCGGCCGCCUACUUCGUGUUCUACGUGUACGUGCGCGCCGACUCCAAGCACAUCUACCACCUGAACAACACGUCGCCCACGCCCGCCGAGCGCUACAACCGCUGCCCCUUCGCCGAGAGCCGGGAGUGGGACCGCGCCGCCGUGACCGUGUGCGUCUCGGCGCUCUUCUGCCUGGGCUGCGCCGGCCUGCAGCUCUACGCCAUGCUCAGCGCCAUGGGCGUCGCCGGCGGCGAGGAGCUGUUCCGCGCCUGGCCCUGGUGGACCUUCCAGUUCAGCUGCCGGGUGUGCGAGCUGGGCGUGUGCAUCACGCUGGCCCUGGUGGUGGCGCAGCCCAUCUACUGCUCCAGCGGCCUGCCGGGGGCCGGGAGCUGCUGGACCGAGCUGCUGGCCGCCAAGUCGCCCCUGCUGCCCGGGACGUACCACUGGACGCUCAGCCAGCAGGAGAAGCUGGCCAUGAGGGAGACGGGGCUGGGGCUGGGCGAGACGGAGAGCCUGCCCCUCUACAGCCUGGUGGACGAGAGGCUGGGCGGCAGCCUGAACGGCCUGGACCUCCUGUACCACAGCAACCGGGCCCUGGCGUACCGGGACCUGGACCUCACGGGCUCCGAGAAGCCCGACGGCGUGGCGGGGGGGGCGGCGUCGGGGCGGUCGUCGGUGACCAGCGACUCCACGGCGGACCUCCGGCCCCCCUCGCCCAUCGACCUGCGCCGCAGCAUCGACGAGGCGCUGUUCGGGGAGUCGCUGUUCCCCAUGAGCCUCUUCAGCCCCGGCACGCCGCUCGGCUGCAGCGACCUGUCCCUCGCCAUCCUCGGCCCGCUGCCCAACGGAGGCCACUCCCUCUUCGGCCGCGACCCGCUCUCGGCGGACGCCGGCCCGUACCGGACGUCGUCGUCGUGCGCGGAGGUGCCCGCCGAGCCCACGUCGCGGUCCCGCGGGGUCACGGCGACCACGGCGACGGCCGCCCCUCCGUCUCCGUCGCUGUCCGUCUCCACCAGCUGCUCCUCCCCCGAGCGCUGGAGGGGCAGCUCGUCCUCCUGCGCCUCCUACAGGCCGUCGUUCGGCGGCUCCUCGCUGGUGCUCUGCCCCAGCCCCGACGGACGCGCGGUCGCUCGGUUCGGCGAGGACGCCGCGGAUCGCCAGGCGCAGCAUGGCGCUGGCCGCCCGGGCGGCGGAGACCCUCAGAGACGCUACCAGACGCUGGGCUCGGCGUCCCAGGAGAGCCUGGCCAUGGACCUGUCGUCCGAGGCGGACCGGUCGCUGCAGGACGAGUUCAUCAGCGUCUGCAGACAGAUGGACGCGUCGAGCGUCUGCAGCGAGACGAUCGAUUUAUAAGGAAGAAUUAUCCCGUAAGAAGGAGACAGAAAACACAUAUAUAUAUAUAUAUA